ACUUCCCAUAGCUACUAAUAUACGCUUCCCUUCUGUAGCUUCGUCUACUCAUUCUUCAACUCGCUGUAUAGCUACCAAUUGACUCAAGCACAACUCUUUCUACAUAUAUCUUUCACAAUGAGCGCCAUCGCAUCGUACAGCUUUGGAAACUUUGCCUGGCUGGCAACCCAAGGUCUGCCUCUUGUCAUUUGGCCUAACUUUAUUGGAUCUAUUCUUCGAUCUGAGAAUGAUCCUUCUUCCCCACUCGAGACCUAUUUUGGUCGAUCUCUUGGCCUGGCCCUUCUUGCGCUUGGCCUCAUGGUGGUCGUUCUUUCGGGUGCUCUACCUCUUGGUACUACUUCAGACGAAGCUCCAGAUGGCGCGCCCUCUCCCUAUGCCGCCGCCGCAAUCCUUAUAUCCACUCUGCACCACGUAUCGAGCGCCUUCUACUGCUAUGGACGCUACGCCUGGACCGACGAGACAGGUUUCCUACUUGGCUGUGCAGGAAGCACAAUCUUUGCGACUUUUGGAAUAUACUGCGUUUUGUUCGCUGGUGACAAGGCUAUGACAAGCCGGUAUCACAAGUUUGACCAGAGCACGAGUGGAUUCCCAUUCAGCAACUCGCAGUCAUACCGGGCCAAGAAGAAGGCACUGUAAAGAAAUCGUUGUUGGAUAUCUGUUGUAAGAAUCGCUGAGUAAUUAUUAAAUCAUAGUUUCGUUUUGGUUUCGGGCAUCUAUAAUAAACCCGUCU